AUGGAUUAUCGCCGUCAGAAUCGUGGAGCGGUUCCCCCCUUGCUACAUCUCUUCCCCAUGAUAGUAGCCGAAGGAGUUGCAGCCGGGAUUUUUUUGAGUAUCAUAGUUUCGGCAGAGGUCGGUCUUCGUUAUGGAGGCAUGUCUACGGAAUUUGAUGUUGAGUCUCAUGGCCACAACUGGAUCCUCGACUCAGGGGCUUGCUUCUUGGGCCUGCCGCGCAAUCUUGUUGUGGACCCCAUCCUUGACAGCGAGUUCAUGAAGUCACAAAAGCUGGUCACCGACAAUACAGGCCCGAGGCUCUGCAGGUGGUUGGAGGGGAUUUAUCGGAUGCACAUGAAGCAGAAGCCGGCGUGGGAAGCCUCGCACCAGAAGUUGCAAGGAGCCUUUCCUCUUCUCCGUCUGAUGGGCCUGGUGAAGAAGCCGAUCAUGGUUUUCCCCGAAUUCAGACUAAGGAUAACCGUGAAGCACUUCAGUUUGUGGGAAGACGAUAGAUGGGGGCAGUCGCUGCCUUGGAUUUGCGCGACAGUGGCGUACGCUCUCCCCGACGGCAAGGGAGCAGAGUUGUUUGCACAUAUCGAUCGAGUUUUCUCUAUCCACCCCGAACGCCAGGAGGCGACUCCUGUUCACCUCCUCUUGAAUCCCUCGCCAACCUUCAAUCAAUAUGUGGACUUCCAUAAGAUAAGUCACAUUUCCGCUCAACACGGUGCCAGAAAGAUAUGCCGGAUUUUAUUUGAGAGGGAGAGCAAUGUCAGCAUUUCGAAGGCCGCAGAAGCGAGUGAGAUCAGUGACUACUUGCCCAGAGAAAGCCUCACGCUGAGGUUUUCCAAAAACAACUUUUGGACGAAAGACGAGAAUUGCUACAUCCUCUCGAAGCUAACUAUAACUUCUUCGAUCAACGAUAUGUCUCUGUGCAAGGUUGUCGCUGGCAACGGUGCUCGAGGACUGUGGCCAUCCUUGUGGAGGCGGAGGAUCAAACCGAUUGCUCUGACGGUAAUUGGUGUCGAUUUUUUCAAUUUUCGCCGGCCCACUUUCGCAGCAGUUGUAAAGGAAGGAAUACAGCUAAAAGGGAUCAGUGAUACUCCUGUCUUAAUGGAGCUCGUCACAGACCCUACAUUAGUCCCCGCCUACGUUGCUGUUGCUAGACAAGCAUGCGGAAGCAGUUGGGGAAAGAACGUCUUCAGCCCAUGUCGGUAG